UCCCCCCGACGUCAGUGAGUACGAGUUGGAGGAGAGAAUCAAGACAUCUUUAGGGACUGACGGGAUACGCGUCCAGAGACAAGGAAAGUGCCGCCACCGAAACUGGCUCAUCCAGUGGCUGGGGGAACCAGGGACUAAGGAAUUAGCUGUUGCCAAUAGCACUGGACUUUCUUUCGAUGGACAGUCCCUGAGUCUAACGACGUGGAGACCACAGGCGGGGCGGGUGUCUCACGAUCCAAUCACUGCUGAUUUCCUGUCGGUCCGAAGAGAAGAACCCUAUGUUGCAGUGACAGUUAAUGGCUACCGAUCUGCUUGCUUGGGCGACUGUGCCUUUUCUUACAAUGGAACCAGCAGGGCAUUGGUCAAGUCGGUGGAAAUGUCAGAUCAUGGCGCGUUUCAUACCCUCACCAUUACCGGUUCUGAAUUCAGGAGCAACAACACCAAAGACUUCUUGGUCUCCCUGGGAGAGGGUCGGACUUGUAACGUCACAGCAGUGACGUCGACAACGGUUACGUGCACUGCAAGAAACCUCACAGCUGGGAGCCAUCCAUUGUCAGUGUUUGUGCAACCUGCAGGAAUUGCAAGCAUGGAGAGACCUCUUUUUGUCGAGGUGCCUUCGAAACCUGGAGGUGUCGGUCCUCUCACCGGCGCCGGUACUUUGAGGGAGCAUAAUGUCACCUUAGCUGUUCCCACCUUUCCCAUGAAUCAGUGGGCGAACAUCUCUGUCAGAAUUGGUGGAUCAACUUGCAAAAUAACUGAAAUCAACAAUACAUCUCUCAAAUGUGUGGCUCCUUCCGGGGCAGAAGGUCGGGUCAUCAUAAUCAUUCCUGAUGGCCAGAAUGCAACUUCAGUGGAAGGUUUCUUCUACAAUUCCUCUCUCUCUUUGGGCAUCAUCUUCCUAUCUCCAGAAAAAGUUUCCGCAACAGGUUUUGAAACGCUGGCAAUAUCCGGACGUGGCUUCGGAACCGACGGCGCCCACGGGGAAGUGAGAGUUGGAGAUCAGGUCUGCCCUGUGCUGCACUGGACGGAAACACUUGUGACAUGCCAGGUACCGGCGGGGUUACGGCCAGGUCAACAUUUUGUUCUUCUUGCCACCAGGGAAAAGAAUUACAGUCGAGUUGGCUUUGUAAACGUGACGUUCAGCGUAACUGGCUCCUCGCUCCGGAGAGGGUCCGUCUACGGAGGCACAGCCCUGCUUCUGAAGGGAGGAGGGUUCGGUGACAACUGCUCCCUCAUUGACGUCGCUGUGGGAGAGGACAUGACCUGCGACGUGGCUUCGUGCUCCAACGACACGAUCAGAUGCGUCACACGUCGUAUCCAGAGACGCCACUACAUCAGGAAUACCGGAUCUCUCAUAGGAUAUGGCCCUGGAUACGCUUGGGAACCAAAAAAACUCGCAAUCACGGAAGGCGACGCCGUCGCCUGGGCUUGGCAGAGGAGUGAUCCCUUUUCUCUGCUUUCCUACAACGUCUUCUCGACGCCUUCUCCCUCUGUCAAGGACUUCGAUGGGAAGGGCUUUAGAUCGGGACCUGCAACCCCUGCUGGCACCUUUGGUUACGCUUUCCCAAAUUCUGGGACUUAUUACUACGCCAGCGACCCCCUUUCAAAUGGGAUCGUCUUAUCUGGACAAGUUGAAGUGACAGCACCAACUCCAGGCUUUCACACGAUAAGGGUCACUGUUGCGGGAGUGGAAGCUGAAUAUAAGCCUAAUGGUCAAGUUGUCAGUGUCACCUUAGAUGAAUGUGGAGCUAAUCCAACUGCGGUGGAAGCAAUAUCAGGAUGCCCGGAUGGAUAUCCUACGAUUGAAGACAAAAGUGCUUUUGUGUUUGUAACCCACCUUUGCUGGACUCCCCAGAUCACUGGAGUGUCUGCCAACCAGACGCCUGUGUCCGAGAUAUUCAGCGGUCUCCAAGUGACGGUCGGAACGACCCUGAACAUCACAGGUACCGGUUUUGGGUCAAACACUUGCAAAGCUAAGGUCAAGAUCGGUGAGACGCAUUGCAGAGUGACCUCCGUUUCUGACAGAGGGCUUUCUUGCACUGUAGAAGAUCAAGAGGACCUCAUUUCUCUGCGCCCUUUGCCGAUAGAGGUCACUAUAGCUGACAGCACCGACGAUGAUGCUUAA